AUGCCUUCAAUGAUAUGGAAUCGUUUCGUUUCGCGACUGCCGCCCGUCCUGCGCCCUCGCUGGACUUGGAGAUACGUUGUAUGCUUCGGCGUCGCCACAUAUUCAAUAUACUGUCUUCUUUCUGCGUCUCCCAUGCUCUCGUCUAGGCUGCCAGAAUAUACUGGGCCUUACUCGGUCGGUGCAAUCGACCUUGAAGUCCCAUGCGAGCCGCGGAGGCUCAACGAUGCGAGAUUAAAAGACGAUGGCCAUCACGCCUUUCAGCUUGAGACCGUUCUCUUCACACUCUACUAUCCUUCGGCCAAAGGCGUGCUAUCAUCGAAGCCACAUCAUCUAUGGAUACCACGACCACUCGGGAUCGUUGGCGCUGGAUAUGCCCGCUUUGCACGAAUCAGCAAUUUCCUUAGCAAUUCACUCCUGACUUUUGGGCUAUGGGCGUUGGUAGGUGGUACCAAGAUCCCGGCGCACGUUGAUGUCCCUCUUCACCAAGGACCAGUACUUCUGCAAAAUCCCGAUGUUGCCACAUUGUGGACGGAGACUGAUGACGGAUUCCCCGUUGUGAUCUUCUCACACGGAAUGGCGAGCUCUCGCACCCAGUAUACCCAGUACUGCGGCGAACUUGCAAGUCGUGGCCAUGUCGUUGCUGCAAUUGAGCAUCGAGACGGUAGUGGCCCAGGCACUGUGAUCAUGACAGACUCAGCCGAGGACAGAGUCUUGCUGCACUUCUCGCAACGAGAUUUACACGACGAUUCAGGUCUGGAUUCCGAGGCGUUCAGGCAGGCUCAGCUUGACUUCCGGCAAGCAGAAGUAGAGGAGGUCGUUCGUGUUCUGAGCCAUAUAAAUGAAGGCAAAGGAGAGGAGAUCUCUCAGUCUAAUGCUCGCGGUGAAGGUGAGCAUCUUGGAGAAUGGCAAGAUCGGCUUGCAAUGAAUAAUAUGACCAUCGGUGGACACUCAUUCGGAGCCACACUGGCACUGCAAACCCUGAAAGAUGGGCCUUCCGAAAAGCUGCCCUUCCAGAGUGCAGUGGUGCUUGAUCCUGGCAAGCAUAGCGGACCCUUGAACCAUGACGUGCACGUCUCGACGUUGGUCAUCCACUCCAACUCCUGGUCUUCAACGCACUCUAUCUUCCAAGGUCGACCACACUUUGACGUUGUCAAGGAAGUCGUGCGCGGGAUAUUGAAAAGAGGAAAAGAUGCAUGGUUCAUGACAUCUCUGGGCACGACCCAUCCCUCAGUCACGGAUGCGCCUCUCAUUGAGCCUUUCCUGUUGGGCUGGACGACUGGCUCGACCAUUGAGGCACAUGAAGGAGUGCGCCAGUACGUCAAAGUGUCGGAAAGGUUCUUGCAGUACCAAGCCGCUGGAACCAAGGCUGGGAUUUUGUCCGAGUGCGUCACACAUCCUGAGUAUAAUGUUCCGGAGAAGGACAGGUUCGAGAAAGGUGAAGGUAUACGGGGAAUGUGGAAGUUUUGGCAAAUUCAUGCUGCGCCUUGUGGGCCGAACGAGACAGAGGCAAUUGAACAAGUCAAAGGACAUGAGUGA